AUGUCGACCACCGAAGGAUCUUGGAUCUGGUGGCGCCUGAUCCUAUGGAGAUCCACGUUGGAUCCAUGCUCAUCGGCCUUCAACGUGCUCAAGAUCAGGAUUGCUACAACUCCGAUCUUACGACACUUUGACCCGGAUCGGAAGGCUACGGUGGUGGUGUACGCUAGUGACUGGGCCAUCUCAGGAGCGUUGAUGCAGGAAUACGACCAGAUCUACUAUCCUGUGACGUUUGCCAGCCGUACUCUGAAGUCGAAUGAGCUGAAUUACGGCAUCGCGGAGAAGGAGGUAUUAGCCCUUCUGAGGAUCUUGGAUCUGAAUUACAAUGCAUCCACGGCUUUGCAAGGACGUCUGGGACAAUGGGCCGCUCUGUUGUCGCCUUGGACACUUGAGAUUACGAAGUGUGUCAAAGGAGAAGACGAGAUCUUGGGAGCAUUGGCAGCCAAUAUCACCCCUAGAUCAGAAGUGGAUAAGGCGUUGAUCUCAAUCGCCCCCAAAAAGGAGCCAAGACGCAAGAUCCAAGCUCCGAUCCCCACUAUCGGACGAGAUGAGGAACUAUAUGUCGUCAGUUUCGAUGGAUCAGCCCGUGUCAAGAGGGGUGGAGGCGCCUACAGCGCGAUCCUGUGGAGGCUGCCCGAAUGGAGGGUGGUGAAAGCUAGAUCAGGGUAUGCCGAAGGCUUGACGGUGAAUGAGGCAGAAUACCAUGGGUUGUUACUAUGUCUGGAUCUGUUGGAGGAUCUGGAUCCACAGCAUCUGGUGAUCUGCGGAGACUCAAACCUGGUGAUCCGAGAAGUACGAGGAGAGAUCGAUUGUAAGGCGCCGGGUUUGACACUGUUACGUCAACGAGCCUUGGAUCGACUACGUACGUGGCCUGAUCAUGAACUAUUGCACGUCAAACGAGACGGGAAUGGGAGUGCUGACAGCCUAGCAAGUGCUGCUCUAGAACGGCGAUGUGGGAUCGAGAUAGAGUCAGAUGCAGAGAUCCAGGAUCUCAUAACUUUAAAUCGACUAGCCGAGAUCCUGAUAGUGAAGGUCGAAGAAGAAAUUGUACGGGUAUCAGCGGUGACGACCCGAUCUAAGGCUAGAUUGGGGUGCGUGCGGGAUCCGAUCCAGACUCCCUACGAGAGGAAGUCGUGA